UUGACGCAAGCCUCCAUUGGCAAGAAAGUUCGGUGAAAUUAUCCUCCAAAUACAUUUUAAUAUACGAUCUCUCAUUCAUGCCAAGGGCAUAAUGGAUACGGAUAUCUCUAAGGAGGAAGGGGAGCUAUCAGACGAUGAUGAAAAUUUAGAGGUUAACAACGUUAGAAGUACUAACAAAGACACUAAAAUAAUUGACAAAAAUUCUUGUUCAAAAUCAAAUCAGAAUUUCAGUUCUCAGAAAUUCCAACAAAAUGAGCCUAUUGCUAAACCACGGUAUAAGAGAUCUCAAAUCAAACAUGAAAAAUUAGAUCAAAAUAGCAGAAAUGAAAAUCAUGCUGGAACUCGUUCAAGUUCUUCAAGACCCCCACCAACUCGUAGACCACCAACUCGUGACAAUCAACGACCCAGACCAACGAGAUGGUCAAGGCCAGACAAAGAGCGUAGAAACUACCAAUCAAAUAUACCAAGAAGAUAUGAGGGGAGAUAUAGAAAUGAGUCUCAAAAGAGGGAAAGAGACAAAAACUAUACCAGAGACCGCAAAGCAAAUCCUCAAGGGUCUAGUGAGUCCACUGACAGUUAUGAUGACUUACUUUCCAGAUACCAACAGAUUCAACUCCAGAUUGAAUCUAUCAAACAAGAGGAAGAGUUGGCAAGAAAAAAUUCCUCUGAAACAAGUAAUGAGACUGCCUUGAACAUUGAGAACAACAACAGAGAAGAAUCAGAAGAACCUACUCCUGCAACUACUGAUGAGGUAGAAACCACAGCAAAAGAACCAGAGUCAAACAAUGUGGAAGAUAAUGAUGGAGUUAUCAAUAAAGUUGAGGGUUUAAAGAUUGAAGAUGUCACAAGCAAUGUUGAGGCUGAUGCAGUUGAUGAAGAUGAGGAAGAUGCUGAUGUUGAGGAGGAAGAGGAAGGUGAGGUUGUCUCCUCUGAGCAUCAAGAUUCUCCAUAUGUAGAGGAUGAGGAUGAAAAUGAGUCAGUAGACACCAAAGACAAAAAGGUGGACGAUGAUAUUGAGGAUGACAUGGAUCUACUAGCACUAAGAGCAGCAGCCCUCGCGUCUGCAGCUCAUAGAAACAAAAAUAAAGAAGAGCAGGAGAAUAGAAAACCUACAACAAAAUCAAGCCCAAAGGCAUCUUCUCAGAAACAGUUAUCUCCACGACGACCAUCUCAUCGCAGAAGAUUUCGUGCCAAAAACAAACAACGGACGUCGGAGAGUGAUAGAAAUCAAGACAGAAGUCACAGGGAGUCUCCACGCAAUCGUGGAGAAGAACAGCGUCAGGUGGACAACAAGCGAGAAGAACAGUUGCAUAAAAGAUUAGAGGAGUUAGAAAGGGCCCGUAAGGAUGAAAUGGAAUGGCAACGUCGUGAAGCUCAGAAAAUCCUCACAAUAGACGACCCUGAUGAACAAUACAGAAGGUUCAUGCAGAUGGUACAGCGAAGUGCUGGCAUAUCACAAAGCAAUAAAGACACUAAGCCAUCUACUGAUGCAGAUCAAGUUAAGAAGACUCCAUCUGAUGGUCAAUUGAGGGAUAACUAUGAAGAGGUUGAGAUGGAGAUUGAUAGUGAUGACCAGGAUGUGGUACCAUCUGGAGGGGACUUAGGUAGUCCAAGUGAUGUUAUGCAGUUCUUUGAUAAUACAUUCUACCAGCUAGCCAUGGGGCCAGGACCAUCUCCUAUGAUGUACGUCCCUACAGUACCUCAUAUGCCUCCUCAACCUCCACUGGGACCAGUGUAUAACAUGCAACCAAUGAUGAUUGAGAAUCCUCCAUUACCACCACCCUUACCUCCAUCGGAGUCCCCUUCACCCCCUCCCUUACCCCCAGUGGAUUCCCCAUCCCCACCCCCUCUACCCCCUGGCUCACCAAAUGAACCCUAUACCACAGGCUCUCCUCAGGUUCAGAAAGUACAAGAAUAUGAACCUGAAUUCCCAGAUAUGGACCCAGCAUUAUUAGUCCCUACCCCAACUAGCAAGUCUCUGACCAUCCCAGGAUUGGGUUUUGAGCUCUCUGUGUCAUCAACAUUCAUCCCAGGGUACUCUCCAAGAAAUGACUCCUCAGAGCCAGAUACUUCCGAAGUUAUUUACACCCCUGGUGAAGAUAAGCAUGUCGAGGAGUAUGAACCUGAUACAGAUAAUCCCACUGUAAAUGCUGGUGUAGUAUACCAGCCAACUCCAACUGAACCUACAGGGGUCCAUCAGGACAGGAGCGGAAGCAGUGACAAAGAGGGGUCCAUCAGGGCAGGAGCUGGAGUAAAAAUGGUUACACCAGAUGAAGAGGAUGAAGAUGCGGAUGCUUUAAGAGCCUCAUUGUUGCAAUCUCUGAAAAAUAAACGCAAUAAAAAACUGACUCAAAUGGAGGUCAAGGCGACCAGUAGUGGAACAGUCUCUCCCCAGUCAGCCAUCAGUCGCAGCUCUUCUCCCCUUGUGUCUUCAACCAGUAGUAUUGUUGCAGCCAAUCGCAGAGCAGAACGAGCUGAACGCAACAUGCAGGACCAUAUUAUUCCUCAACAUGAGCCUGUUGUGAUCAAUCUGGAUGAUGAUUCCUCUGAUGAUGAAAAACCAAAAUCGUCCCAGCAACAAGCCUUCCUUAGCAACCUAGGUGCUUUCCUCAAAGAUAUGCGGCAAUCUGUCGACAAUAAACAAACUCCAGUCACACCAAAACCUCAACCCAAAGCUAGACAGAAAAUCGAGCAAGCAAAAAUUCACCCAACCCCAGAUGCUAUGAGAGCAAUGUCUAUGACAAUGCAGGAUGAAUAUCGCAAGCUGCGUGAACAGAUCAUGAAACGUAUGGCUGCUAAGGCAAUGGAAGGAAAAGAAAACACUGUUCAGGUGGGCCUGGAUAUAAAGAAACCACCAGGGAACAAGGUCACAAAAUCAGUCUCCCCUGGCCCUAAGAAAACUACUGAACAGGUUGAGAGAGAAUCAAGAGUCAAGGCUAUUGAGGCCAAGAUCUUCAAACUCAGGGAAGAAGCUUCACAAGCUAAAGCGUCACAAAUCAACCUCCAGAAUCAGAUGUCUCGGCAACAAGAGCUGCUGACAUCUGCUGAGAAGAAUGUGAAUAAAUUACGUGAGCAACUAGCUGCAGCGGAGAAGAUUUAUAAUGUACGCAAAGACCAGAUGGAGAAGCUUGUAGAAAGGGCAAAUGCAUCACAGAACACUACAAAGGAGAGAACAGAGACGCUACAGAAGCUUGAUAUGAAACUACUUGAUGCAGGCAGGAAAGCAUAUGGUGAUGAUUUCAAACCUAAGCUUGCAAUGCCUUCUAAACGACCAAUCAAAACACAGUCAAUGCAGUCAAUUAAGAAACCAAAGAUGGAUUCAGUCAGCUUGACAGUGCACAGAAAGACUCAAGCAGAACUUGCAGUCGAGAAACGAAAACUGUUAGCUUUAGAAAAACAACUGGCUGAACGUCUUCGCAAAUUGAAACAAUCUGAAAAUACCAAACUAAAACCCCCUAAAAGACCUACUGUAACUUCCCCCGGUGCUAAAAUUAUGGCUAUUAAAGAAAAAAGAAGGAGGUUGAGUAGUCAUUGUGAGAAGAACAAGACUAAUGCACCAGAACAUGUUAUGUUAGAAGGUGACAAGAUUACACUGGAAAACCUUAACAUAACAGAUAUUAACAAUGUUAAUGAUACAACAUCUCGUAGGCGUUCAUUUAUUGAGGUGAACCCAAGCAGUAAACCUAACUUGAACUCUGAUACAGCCUAUAUGAGAAUUAACAAAAUGGAAGGGGAGCAACAAAAAUUAUUUGACCCCAAAGGUAAUAUUACACCCAGGGAAAAUAACAAUAUGGCAAGAAAUAAUAACCAACCCGAUGUGGAGAAAACUAAAGAUACGGACCAAAUGAAUGUUAAUGUCGACCAAUCACAGGCAACAUUGAAUGAAGGCCCAAUGCUCAACAAGAGUAAAACACUCAAAAAUGUGCUCAAUAUAAAGUUACCUACUGGAAAGAAGCUGGAAACUGUGAAGAAAUUGUAUCAGGAAAGUGCUUCACUGAGCCCCCAAACUCAGACACCCAGCAAUAAAUACAUGUAUGAUCUCUGUAGUAUGUUUUACCCUGAGAAGCAAGAUCUUGAGCUGAGGCUUGGCAAACAAAAGGGAGGAUUGGGUACACAGGAGAAAGGACACAUUGGCCCCUUGUCUACUUACAAGAGUCCAUUGCUCAACUUCAAAUCUUACAGAUUCAGUGUGUAUUUUCGUACAAAGGAAAAGUGCAGUAUAAGUUCUAGUCGAUACAGCCAUGGCAUUGAGCCACAUAUAAGGUUGUGUCGUUUUGAUCUCAAUGGCUCGUGCAAUGAUGACACAUGUCCUUGGCAACAUGCUAGGGACUACACAUACAAUACUGAACAGGUGCUCAAAGACAUAGUGGCUUAUUGCCCAAGUGUUGCCAGAAUUACCGAUGCAACUGAUACACAGCAAUAUGAUGAAAAAAUUGAUGAGUAUGUGAAAGGCUACUUAAAGCAAAACAGCAAGACAAUGACCCCAGAUGAGAUGUGCCUCUUGAUGGUCAGCAAAGUAAAUGAUAAGUCGGGACAUGUCCACCCUCAUAGGACCUUCCCUGAAGCUAGAAGUUGGCGGUUGCCCCAGAGGCAACGAAAACAAGACACCUUUAAGCCCAAGACCCCUGCAGACUUCACAACCAGCUCACAGGCCAUACCCAUGGACCUUGAUGAUAUCCUCAAUGAUCAAGACGUGCGGUAUUUUGUAACGGAUGACUCAAGUGUUCAAGAUCUGGAGGCUGCUGUAUUAGAAAUGCCUCUGAAUGUAACCCUAUGGCUGAAACUUGCCUAUAAGAAACUGUCUGAUUCAAACUCACAGAAUAACAGCUUAGAACAGGCUCUAAAUGUCCUAUCCCGAGGUCUGGAAGCGAAUAAAACAAAUACAUUGCUAUGGCAACAUUACUUGAAGUUAUUCGGAGAGCGGCAGAACACCUCAGAUCUUUUAGAUAUGUAUGAGCUGGGUGUGAGAUAUGCUCCAUCGUAUGAGAUUUGGUGGAAUUUCCUGCAAAGUGCAUCAACAUACAAGGAGAAAGAUGCAGUGUGCCAAAGACUGUUUGACUUCCUAUUAAGACAUUCAAAUGCAGCAGGUGUAACCUUAGCAACCAAACCAAAUUCAGAGACAUCAAUUAGUGAUCAAUUAGCAAGAGAAAAAACAAAAAGUGACAAAAUUCAAAAUGAAAAUAUUAAAAGCGAAAUGAAAGUGUCAACCAUGGAUGUUGCUCAGACAUCUGAGGAAGAUACUCCAGCAAUAAAGGGCACCACUCCACCUACUGAGGGCACCAUUCUACCAACAGAGGGCACCACCCAGGCCACUGAGGGCACCACUCAGAAAGCUGAGGGCAUCAACCAUACAACUAAAUCUCACCAAAUACUGGAAACAGUACUCUAUUGGGUGCAAUUACAUGUGCAAUGUAGUCACUUUGAAACUGCUGUAGAAAUCUUAACAACUUUUCUCAAAGAUAAACCAAAUGCUAAAGGAACGGAUAAAGUGUUCUUAAAAUCAUCUGACAGCACGAGAGCUCAUGACGUGUUGUUGGGUAGUGAUCUGUGUUUCCUAUGGCUGUGCUAUACUCAUCUAUUGGAGUUCCAUUGUUUGCCUGUAAAACAGCUUUACUGUGGAGAUAGCCCUGACAGGAUCAGGUCCAAGGAUCCGUUUAUGUUACCUUGGCAACCAAGAAUAAAGCCCAAGACAACAGAGAAAGAGUUUGCUGAAGCAUUGGCUGACUGUGCUAAGACUAAAGCUGAGCCUGUAGCUAGAAUCAAGACCUCCCUUCCAUUGUACAGGAACCUGAUCUCUCUAUUACUGAACAGGAAUAAGCAAGCCAAUUGUAAAAAGGUUGUGAGAAAGCUGCUGAACAUUGUUGCUACAGAGGCUGCAAAGUGUAGGAAGGAUGAGUCAUUGAAUGAUGUAUCAUUAGAAACAUCAAUGGAGAUCCCAGACCUCUGGUUAUGUCUCAUUUCUCUACAGACUCAGCCAGCAGCUACAAGAAAGGUGAUAAGGGAAGCUAUUGAGGCCCUUCCCACGUGUCCUGCCAUAUACAACACUGCUGCCAACUUUGAGCUGCUACAGGGUGAGCCAGAUGAUGCCCUCGAACACUUGGAGAAUUCUGUCAUUGCUCUCUAUGAUACAAAGGGAGAAAAUGCAGUAAAAAGUCCGGAUCCAAAUUAUCUGUUUUGCAAGCUGUUGGGCCUGGGUGGGGUACCUAUCACAUACAACUGUCCCCCUCUACAGCCUCACAUCACACCUAGCUAUGUAGAGGACAACAUCUUGUACCUUUGGCUCAAUUACUGUAGUCUAUUAGUCCUCCAGGGAGACAUUCAACAUGCCAUAGAAUCUUAUGAAGGUGCCAUCUAUAGUCUAAAAUCUUACAAAGACGCACAGGGAAUGUGGUGGGGGUAUCUAUCUUGGCAAAGAAGUAGACUAACAAAGUGUCUCGAAAAUGAACCCAACUUGAAACAGUUCCACAGUCUGGUGAAUAGGUGUCUCAUGACAACCACAACAAAGUUCUCCUUCCAGUCAAACCCCUCACUGACCUACAUUGACUACUCUUUCCACUACAGGGUGGUGGAGAUGUAUGUUGAAUGUAUUGCAGUUGAAGACAAGUUUGAAGCCUAUCAGGGAUUUUUAACUUCCAUGCCAAAUAAUCUACAACUUAUUACUAGAAUGUGUGAGUUCAGUUUGGAACACACCCAACAUGCCUUCAUGGCCAGGAGGACUUUGGAGACAGCACUGUAUGACAGACCCCCUCUGGUUAAACUCUGGAAAUUUGCUAUUGCUUUUGUGAUGGGAGAGAGCAGUAAUACAGACAAGGUUCUUCAGAUAAGAAAGCUUUACCAGCGUGCAGUUCAGACGCUACCCCUGGAGUCAAGUCUAUGGAAACACUUCGUCCUGUUUGAAAUAUCCAAUGGAACGGAAGAGUCUGCCAACUACGUCAUUACAAAGUGUCAAGAAAUCGGGCUCGAUAUUGAUGAAUAUCUGAAGGCCAUUCUAGGAUCUGACAAAUCCUGA